AUGAAGACUGCAGUGUUAGCUAUGGCUCUGUGGCUGCUGCUGCUAUCCCAGGUUGUUCCAGGGAACACCGAAAGGUGCUGGAAAAAUCAGGGUGCCUGCCGCAGCAAAUGCAACAAGGAGGAGAAGCUCUACAUCUUGUGCAGUUACAGCAAAUUGUGCUGCGUGAAGCCCAAGAAGGUGCCACUGCUGUCAGAGAACAGGAAUUGGCACUCUAAAACCCAAGGUGACAGAAAUGAAGGUGGACCCACGCAGAAUCUGACCUCGGCUGUUCCCUGA